UUUUCAUUUAUUGCUUAAUUAAAAUACGUAAACAAUAUUUUUGAAUUAUUUCGUCUGAGGAAACAAUAAUAGUGUUUGUGUUAUUCAAGAUUAUUAAAGUGCGACUUUUUAGUUAGAAAUUUAAUUUUCUAAGCGUUCAAAGUUGUCCAAGUAUUGAAUAUCACUCAGGAAUCCAAAUGUUAAUGUAAGAGGUUGGUAAUCACCAGCUGUCCAAGAUGGGCGGCGGAGCUAUUGCUGUGGGGGAUCGCGGCUUCCUGCAAGAGGACAGGAGCUCGCACACCAGGCAGACCCCCCGACAAAUCAAUGGGGGGUUGCUGCUGGUGACGUCACUGGCAGCGGGGGCGACGGCGGGUGCGGUCGCCAAGACAGUCAUCGCACCACUGGACCGCGCCAAGAUCAGGUUUCAGACCAGUGACAUCCCUUACUCCACCCGAGCGGCGGUGCAGUUCCUUGUGACGAGUGCGAGAACGGAAGGUAUCAUGGCACUGUGGCGUGGCAACAGUGCCACCAUGGCAAGGAUAGUGCCAUACGCGGCCAUACAAUUCGCCGCGCACGAGCAAUGGAAGAAAGUUUUCGGGGUUGAUUCCCCGCAGGCUGCCAAGGAGCAUCCUAUCCGGUUCCUGAUCGUGGGUUCUCUGGCGGGGGUGACGUCUCAGAGUGCGACAUACCCACUGGACCUGGCUCGAGCGCGUAUGGCUGUCUCACCUAAGAGCGAAUAUAGCUCCCUCAGGGUAGUUUUUAUUAAAGUCGCGAGGGAAGAGGGCAUAAGGACAUUGUACAGAGGCUACCCGGCGACCAUACUUGGUGUGAUACCAUACGCGGGAGUAUCCUUCUUCACCUACGACCUGCUGAAGAGAUGGUACACUGAGUACUUCGGGAGCCCGGCAGUGGGUCUGACGAACAUCCUGCUGGGCGGAGGCGCGGGCGCGCUGGCGCAGACCGCCUCCUACCCGCUGGACAUCGUGCGGCGCCGCAUGCAGACCGCACGCCGCAAUGCUGACACCAGCUACCCCUGUCCUAACAUGGGGCAGACACUUGCACAUAUAUACAGGGUGGAGGGGUGGCGCGGGUUCUUCAAGGGUUUAAGUAUGAACUGGGUGAAGGGCCCCAUUGCUGUGGGCGUCUCCUUCGCCACGUACGACUUCACAAAAACACUCCUGCGCAAUCUCUCUCUAAAUGUACACAGUUCCUGAAACACGCACUCGAAUUAAUGGAUUCACUUCAAAUGGACGCCGCGAUGUCUACUUUAUAUUGAUGAAAUUGACUCCGAUUGGACGCGGGAUGCCUUCAAAUGGACGCGAUCGUUCUCUAAUGGACGCGGGUUACCUUUAAGUGAAUGAAAUUUACUUCAAAUGGACUCGGUUCCCUUAAUACGGAUGCGGUUGUUUUCAAAAUAUGGGUUUCCUUUGGAUGCGUUCGUCUCUGAAUGGACGCCGUCGAAUUAGAGUUCACUAUAAAUGGACGCAGUUCAAAUAACAAGUGAUUUAAAUGUGUGUUUGUGACAUUUUAAAGGUUUGGAUAUUGUUGGUGAAGUUUUUUCUAGCUUGGAAUAUAAUGUUGACAAACUUUAUAUUGAAUUUAUAUACAAAAAAA